AUGCCCGCCCUGUAUCCAGGGGCGCCCACUCGCAGUUUGUCUUGUUAUGUUUCUUCUUCGUCGUUUACUUCGUCGUAUUGUUGUUAUGUGUAUUCUUAUUCUUUCGUACUCUUCCGGUGUUGCGACUCACGCGCAGCUCGCAGCUCACAUAAUAUUCUCCAAGAGUUUCCCGCAAAGUGCAUCAGGGCUGUCAGGAGCGUGAUGGACACUUCUGGUUUCAAGAGGCCCCCGCCUUUAUGGCUGGCGGACUUCCUCAGAGGAAGUUUCCCGCAAGAGGGCCUGGUGAGUUUGACCGUUCAGGUCCGCUUUCUUUUUGUUCCUGCCCGCAGUUCGCUUUUUUCUUCUUCACUUCUUGACAGAAGCGGAGACGAGGAGGCCUCCUCCUCCGCCUCCUCCUGCUACUCCUCCUGGUUCUCCUGUGAGCCGUGUCCCACUGACGCGGCGACGGCUGCAUGCAAAGCGCGCGCUUCCGCGCGGUGGGGGGCCGUGUGGCACGUGGGCCCGCCAGCUUGGAAGCUCCGUGCUCCUCCUCCUCCUCCUCCUCCUCCUCCUCCUCCUCCUCCUCCUCCUCCUCCUCCUGCGCUCGUGUUCUCCUCCUGA